AUGCCCUUACGAAUUACGUCUGCCCCUGUUUCCGGUAUCAGGAAAAACAGAAAGUCUACCACCUUGAAAUCACAACCCUCACCCUUUGCCGGACAUGCUCGUCGAAAACCAACCCAAUCAUCCAAGUCGGAUAAAUUAAGCGCUGUAUACCAGGAGGAUGAUUCAGACCAAUUACCGGACAUCGGAGUCUCAAGAUACAUUUCUGAGACAGCUCCGGUGGGGAAUGUGACGCAGGCUCUUAAGUAUAUACAGAAGAGUAUGUUUGAGGAUGUUCCUACGCGAGCCGGUAUGAAUAGCACGCGCAUCGCCGAGGUACUCAACCUACGACGGUCGCUGCCCCCUUUGGUCUCAGUAGCUCAUGUGCAUACAUUGCUUGAUGCACCUACAAUGGUUGAAAGGGAGAUUGUAGACUUGGUAAAUACUGGUCGUGUCCGUCGUUUGAUCGUCCCAGGAAGAGGAAAUGAUGCAGCUGGGUUAGGGGAUUGUCUCGUUCUGGCGGAGGACUGGGAAGGACUUGUGCGAGGGAACAGAUUUCUCGAAGUCCUUGGUCAAAUCGGCACAUCCUCUGCUAUUCCUGGGGGAACGUUUUCCCCGGAAGAAUAUAUGGCACUUGUGCGCGCGGGCUUUUUGGUCUCAUCGUCAUCACUGGCCAAAGGCUCUUUGGGUGUUGCAUCGCUCCCCAGUCUUCCAUCUUCGUCAUCGGCUACAUCGGCCAGUCGGGGCGAUACUAAUGGCUGGUCGCAGGAUGACAUCCUCGUUAGUCGUUUCCAAUUCCACACUGCAACAUUGUUCCUCUCGCUUCCCAAUAUUGGACCAUAUCUCCGUCUCCUAGGCACUGGCCGAACACACUUGAUUUCCCUCCUCAAAAAGUCAAGCUCGACCGAGGUCCCUCUCUAUCUUCUCUGUGACCGGUGGGAUGGCGCGGUCGAAACAGACAAAAGCUUUAACAUGGCCAAAAGAGCAAGGGGUGAAUAUGCCGGUAUUCUGCCGGGCAGAACGAAAAAGUGGAAAGACCUAUAUGGAAUGAAUUUUCGCUGGGCCCUUGAAGAAGCUCUUGGGGCAGGUUUGGUUGAGAUUUUCGAUACCGGCAGCGUUGGCCCUGGGAUUCGCUGUCUUUGA